UUUAGGAUUUACUAGUGAUUCCGAUUAAACAAACAGUAGACGUUAGCUUCACACCUCAACCCAAAAUCCACUGUAGCAGCAAUAAUUAAGUCUGAAUCAUGAACUCAAUAGUGAUUUUUAUUCUUCCGCUUUUUUUGGGCUUGGGAUUCGGAUUUGGGUCGCCUUUUUCCAACGAGCUUACUUCGAAAAUGGCAGCGCCAAAUAGAACGUUGAAUAUCAAAACCGAAGAAUUCCAGCUGCAGAUCAUAAAAAGUCCUUUGGUUCGGCAGAAGUUUCCGAAAAACUUAAUCCGUCUCAUAAGAAAUGUGGACACGGAUAACCGGGGAAAGAACGAGUCCCAGCACUCCACACAAAGUCCAGAAAUGGGCUACUUGAAGCUGAUUGUGUUUCUCAUCGAGCACAUUUGCAGAUUGAUUGGACUCAUUGCAUAAAGUUCAUAGGGAUUUCACACACAAAUUUUUCAGCUGUGAGGAAUUUUAAGGCGCUCAGAAAUAAGAAAAUGAAAGGAGCAGUUGAUGAAGUGGUGAUGAUUUCAAAUGAGAGGAACUUGAUGAGUUUUUUUUUGUGGGUCAAGAACAUUUAUUUCGAAUUCAGUUUUCAUUUAACGAAAGCGGAAAUGAAGUAUUAAAACUGAUAAAUCCAGAGAAAAAGUUCAACUGAAGACAAGAGGAAAAGAAGAUUUGCUUUCCAAAUAAAAAACAACAGAUAAGAAGUUA